AUGCCGGGAGAAUCAUCUUCUCAGCCCGGUACCGGCCUCAAAGGCAUCAAACGCAUCAACACGGGUCUUUCUGAAGCGAGUGGAGAUCGACCUCGAAGCAGCGCAAGCGCAUGCGGCCGCCUUUCGCUCCACAUCCCGAACGCCUACCCGAGAGCCCAUUCGCCGAGGUCUCCGGGCUCGAAAGAUGUGACACCAGAGACCUCGAGAGCCCCUUCUCCCUCAGCAUCGGGUGCGGGGCAGCAUCGGCGGCCGCCGACCGCCUCAUCGUCGUUCAGUGCCCUGAAAGGUCCGCAACUUGAGGAGCAAGUCGAGCCCCCGAGCGAUGGCUCAGUUCGAGCGAGCAGCCUGGCUUCCAACACUCAAAGUUUCCGAAAGGAGAGCUCACUCAUCGCCGUUGGCGACAUCGAAGAUAGCGACGGUCAUCCGGCAGGAGAUUCCGCUUUGAAUUCGCAGACCAUCGCAACCGAUCCUUCUCACGACGCUGGAAUUCAUCUCCGGAAUACCACCCUUGGUCGCCUCCUCAGUCCAUUCUCUGCCGCUAGGCAUUUCUUCGACACGCAUGAAACCUCUUCCGCAUCGGCACGAGACUUUCUUGCCCGCGAGAGGAAUUUCUUCAGCUGGCUCAAGCUUUCUUGCCUUCUCGCUAUCCUUUCCGCCUCACUUAUACUGCAACUGCAACUCCCCGACAAGGCAAGCAUUGCCGAUCACCGACCUCGCGAUCCGCCACGCCGCCGGUCAGACCAUGGACCGGUGGACUGGGACGAUAUCCCUGUUUCAUCCAAGGCGUUUGCUGCAAUAUUUUUCAUCCUCUCGCUUCUUUCCUUGGGGACAGGCCUCGCCGAUUACUUGUCGGCAGAGAGACAGCUGGAGAAGGAGCACGUGGAUUUCGAUGAGACGGAAGGGGUAUUCCUGAACGACGGUCAUACGUCCAACAUCGUUCAUGGUGUCAUGCUGGCCAUCGGUGGUGGCAUCGUUGCCUCUGGGUUCUGGUUGCUGACAUAUUGA